CAUGUGCUACUAGAAUGCCGCCUUAUAUACUACCUUCUUAGAAAGGUAUACUGUUAAUAGUACAUUGAUUACACAUUAGCAGAGGUGCUAUCUUUUUAAUGAAUAUUACCUUCUGCAAAUGUAAAAGUUGUGUCCCUGAGGUGAUCCUUUAAAUAACUGUGACAUAAACGAUGUAUAACCAGGUACGUUAGAGGGCGAAUCGUGACCGCUUCGUGUCGAAACGAGAUGUGACUGAGAGAAGCAAACGGUGCUCUGCUGAGCAUCACCCGGCAUGGAACCGUGCGCCGAUGACGCUUUGCCGUUGCCGCCGGCGACGGGCCGCAGCGACGACGAGGCAGACGACUCGAAUGUCUACUCGGAGGACUCGCUAUCCGAGCUGACGUCGGGCGACGUGGAGUCGGACGCGACGACGGGAGACGCCGCGAGUCUCGCGUCCGAUGACGACGACAGCGAGGACGACAUGACCGACGUCUCGCCGCUGUCCUCCGCCUCGGCGAGCCCCGUGCCUCCCCUGCCGUGCCUCACCGCCGCGAAACCGCCCUCGACGCGCGUCCGCAUAAGGUCGCCCGAGUGUGAGACGUUCGGAAGUGCCGCCGCCGAGUCGGACGAAAGGGGCGCCACCGAGAAAUGUGAUCCCGUCGACGACGACGAUGCCUCGGUCGACUUCCGGCUGCUGUCGCAGGUCGUCUCGGAGAUGGAGAGCGAGGCAGCAUAUGGUGGCGCCCCCAUGGCGCUCGUCUCGCGGCCCAUCUCGCAGGCGUCGUCGGCGCGUUCUGGCGGCGGGACGACGCGGCGGAACAUGUCAUUUAGCAACGAGAAGGUGCGGCAGAUCGACCGCGAGAACCAGCGCCUGCUGAGCGCGCUGAUGCGAGCCGGACAGAGCCGGACGAAGCGCGAGCGUCGCCUGACGCCGCCGCCCAAGCUGAGCAGCUCGGCGGUGAACCGCAUGCGCGAGCAGCGCCGCAUCGACAUGGAUAACCAGGCCCUCCUCAAGCGCAUACAGACGACGAAGGCAUCGAAGGAAGUCGGCUGCGCGAGUCUGGACGACUUCUCGGCAAAGCCUCCUGCGUGCGCGUCGUCGCGUCUCUCGCCGUCGUGCAGUAAGUGGAAGCCGGCAGUGGCGGCGCACGCCGGCGCGUGCGGACGCUCGCAGAGCAGCGCCACCUCUCUGCACCACUACCCCGGCGUCGCCUCGGCGGGUCCCAGCACGAGCGGGGGACCGAGCGCCGCACAGCCCGACUGGCACUAG